AUGCAUUCAUUUGCUAACGAUCUUUUUGAGAGAAGACCUUUUCUUCAAAGAAUUACUGUGCUUUAUGAAAAAGUUCAAGUCAUCUCCAGUCUCUAUGUCUCCUCCUGUACCAGUUUACUGCACAGUAAGGAUCUGAUGCAAUAUCUUGAAGGGAGUAAAUUUGAUGCUGUUCUCAGGGAUUCUGUUGUACCAUGUGGACAAACACUGGCUCUGCAUCUCUCUAUCCCAUCUGUUUUCUUUUUAUGGGGACUCCUCUGCAGUUUUGAUUUGCAGGCUACCCUGUGUCCACGCCCCCCUUCCUACAUCCCAAGACCAUUUACAGGCAACUCAGAUCACAUGACGUUUAUCCAGCACAUGGAAAACUUAUUUCUGAAAUCAUCAGAAUCCUUUCUUUGCAAUUUUGCCUAUUUGCCGUUUGAACUACUGGCCUCAGAUGUUCUUUACAGACCAGUAACAAUGAAGGAGCUCUUAAGCCAUGGAUCCAUUUGGCUUAAAAGAAUUGAUUUUGAUUUUGAGUAUCCCAUGCCAAUGAUGCCCAAUAGAGUCUUCAUCGGAGGUAUAAGCUGUGGAAAGAAAAAGCCAUUAUCUUAG